AAAUUGUUGUUGAUAACAAUGUUAUGAGUGGUGUGAGGUUGAUAAAAUGUGGCGCUCUAUAAAUAUUAAAAAUGUCCAGUAUUUUACUUCAUUAGAAAUAAAACCAACCCAACAGUUGUGUAUAACCUUAUCUGAUAUCAUCUCCCUUUGGAGAGAAACACUUAGUAAAGAAGAGACUGUCCUUAGAUUCAAGGAAUGUAAUCCAAAAGCAAACCUGUCAGAAGAGAGAAUAAUAGAGUUUGUAGAAGAACUGUUUUUAACAGACACUGGUACUCCUAAUUUAGAACUGGAAACUUUUGGAAAUAAAUUGAAGUUGAAUAUUUCUAAAACUUUGAUUGUUAAGAUGUCAUUUUAUUAUAAUUUUACAAAGCUUAGUGAAAAAUCGGUGUAUAAGGAAUUAAUUGUUCCACUUUUAUUGGUAAUUAAUGAGUUGAAGUAUGCUCAGGAUAAACUAUGUAAGAAGUUAGAGGCUAAAGAUCUCCAUCUUAAAGAGUUUGAAAUGGAAGGAUACCGAAUAACAAGAAAAAACGUAGUAACAUCUACCUUCAGAAAAGAGGAAUUUAAAAAGGAAUUAAAACACAAUCUGGAGGAUAGGAUUAAAGUUGGUCUUGAAAAUGCUUCUUCUAUUUUUAUUGAAGGUGUGAAUGAAGUGUAUCCAGCUUUCAAUAGGGUAGUGCGACCAUUGUGCUCUGAAACUUGUGAAUUACCACAAUCUAUUGAAGAAAGCAAUCGAUCAAGAAUUGAAGAGGUGAAUGACAAACCUGCAAUGCCAUCCAUUAAAAGGAACCAAAAAGGAAAUGAAGAAACUAUUGUUUGUAAGAGGAUAAAAUCUACCAAGAAAAUAAUUUUGUAAGUUAAAAGUUGGAGUCAUGAUUUUUACAUUUAUUCGUAAAAAUAUUUUAUGAAAUAAAGUUGAAUGUUUUUUUAUCAACCUUAAUCAACAAUGAAUUAACAACUGUUUAACUGAAGUGGUUACAUAUUACUGGUAUUUAUUUUAUGAUAAUUUGAUUGAUCUAUCAUUUUGAAUUCUGUCUUUUAUUUAAUAUUAAUAUUUUAUUGAUUAAAUAAAAUUAAAUUAUUGAUACAUGUGUUAUCCUUUAUGCAUUGAGCAUGUAAACAUAAAUAAAUACAAGACUCUUGUACAGGGUUAUUGUAUGAGGCAAAGAGAGAAAAGAUGUUAUAUAAUACAAUGUAUAUACCGUAUAUGUAUUGUUUUUAUAUGGUUCAAAAUAUAUAAUUUUAAGUUUACAUGCCAAAUUCUCAUCAUUUUUAUAAAUAAAGUAAGUUCUAUGGCUACUAAGUAGAAGUUUUUUUUGGUUUGUUAUUAUCAUUCUGUUAGCAUAUUUUUAUCAUGUAAUUAUAUUGCAUUUAUAAUGUUAAAAUUAGUAACUUUUUUUUUUUAAAUCAUUAAGAGUUGUAUAUUAUAUAAUACUUCUACUAUAGUACCUCAGGAAACUUGCCUGCUCCCCAGUUCAUCUCCUGUGCUUGUCCCUUCCUCAGAACUCUUCAUUUUAAUGAUUUGAUGAUAUCUCCUCUGUACCAUAUCGUUGCUUGUGUGAUGGGUGUAUAGUUAUUAUCUAAUUCUACAAGAAAUUUCGUUAAAAACUUUUCUUGUAGAUUAUCGUUUAUAUUGCUUAGCAUAUAUUUUUUAUAUUCUGUUCUAAUUUUGCUAAGAUCUAUCAAGUUUGCUUUUAAUUGCCACGUAUUACUCCUUCUACACGCAUUUCCACCGCACUCUCCAGUCCACCCCGAUUCAGCCCAUGAAUUUCUAUAUGGAAUGAUAUUUAUGUGCCUUCCUCCGUUCCCACCAUUGCCACCUCUGCCAUUUUCUCCGGGACAUCCAUCUAUAGCAGAUUGUUUUGCUUGAACCACUCCAAAUUCUGUUCCAAGUUUUAUUGUGUAUAUAUACCCUUUUGGACCUCCAUAACCACCAAUACCGCCAUUUCCUCCAUUGCCACCAUUUUUAUUCAUCCAGUAUGGAUACCAACGGCUACUCCCUUUUGAUCCAUCACCACCAUCCUGGCCCCUCCCACCCUUCCCUCCGUUGGCCGAGAUACGUAGACAAUGCUCAUUUAUGUAGUAUUUUCCUAUUCCUAAAAAGUUACCAGCAGGUCCGCCUGGUCCCCCAGGUUCUCCGUCAAAUCCUUUUUCACUAUGUAACUGCUCUGCGUUCCAUUCUCCAUUUCUAGCCUUUUGGGGACUAUAAUCUGUCCCUGGCUUUCCAUCUAAUAUUAUGCUUUGAUUUCCUACAAUUUCCCAUACUGGGGCUACAAUAGCCAUUUGUAUUUCCCUGCCAGUUAAAUCUAACGUUUCGUCUAUAAAUACUUUAUGUAAUGCAUAAACUCCAAGGAAUUUUAUGCUUUUAUUACUCAGCAGUUCACUAACUUCACUCAGUAUAACAUUCACACCUUUUACUACUAGUACAUCAAUUUCAGGACUGGUCAAUUCAAGUUGAUAUUUCAGGGUCUCGUCUAACACUCUGUUCAAUAAAAUCAAUUUCCUUUUGUCAAGUUUCAUUUUCUUGAUACCACUGUUUUCUUUGAAGAUAUCCUCAAUAUCAAUGAAGAUAGGAGAUUUGAAUAAGUCAUCUAGUGUGUUUAUAUCUAUUGUACUAUAUAUGCUUCUCUUUUUUUGUAUGUCGAAUGCCGAUAACCUUUGGUAGAUACUGUUGAGAACACUGUAAAAUGAAUGUGUCUCACUCAGGUACUCUGUCAGGUUUGAAAGACCUGCCGCCAAUAAAGAUGAUUUGUGAUUUUUUAUUGAUGUAUUGCUGACAAGAUUAAGAAAAUAAAUAUAACCUUCUUCUUUCCAUAUUGUUUCAAUGUGAUGAUUGGGAAUGCUAAUUUUUAAAUCUUUAAUAUUGUUGUCGAUUUCAUUUAUAAACAUUUCAGGAGUUAUUAUGUCCUUUAUAGCAUUGUCUUGUAUUCUUGAGAAAGAUUCAUGCAUUUUUUGAAAAAUGAAAUUCAAAUGUUCCAGUUCUGAGUUUUUUUCUUCCUCGCCAAUGCAAUAUUUUUCCAUCUCAUUUCUGAUGUUGAGUAAUUCUUUUAUAAUAGUUCUGUUUAUUUCUUCUGCUAAACCACUGAUAUGAACUUUGGAUUUUGCUGAAACUGUGUAUCCAAAAUCAUGAUCAUUUCCUUCUACGAAUUGAAUAUUUUUAUUAAUCAUGUUUUUUAAUGAAAUUUUGCCUUUCUUCAUCAAUUCUAUUUCACUCAGUAAUCCUGGUUCAUUGGGCUUUCGGAAAAUUCCAAUUCUCGUGUUUUGUUCAUUUUGCCCUCUAUUACGGAAAAUGUCCAAGAGAUACAAAACUUUUUCUUUGGUGUCAGAGGCCUUGCCAGCUGUGGUUACCAUCUCUGGAUGCUCAUCUAUGUCUCGCUCCGCCUGCUCUAGAUAGUGACCAAUAGCCUUAAUAACUUUUUCGUCUGACACUAACUUGUUUUCAACAUAUCUGUUUUCUAUUUUCGUGACGACGAGGGCUAUACUUGUUUUAAACUUUUUUAUUUGAUUUAUGAACUCUGUGGCGUGUUGAAGCAUCAGGAUGAAGUCUUGCCUGUCUGCUCCUUUGGUGACUGAAUUGUGGCUCACUACAAAAACUAACUUGACAGCUCUAGCAGAAUCGAUUACUUUUUUAAUGAAGUAUGUGGCAGCUAUCUCAUGGGCUGCACUCCUGGUAUCACUGAAACCCGGGCAGUCGUAAUAAAUUGUGUUAGUCGUUGCAUCUUCUACUAAAUCUGGAUAAAUUGUUUGAGACACUAUAGUAGAGGCACUACUUAUUUUAUCUUGUUGGUCAACAAUCACAUAUUCACCUGUUCCUUCCUCUACUUCUUGAGACAAGAGCUUGUGAGCGUUUCCAGAAAUAAAUUGAGUCAGUGUGCUCUUUCCAGAUCCAGUGUUACCCAGCAGAAGAACUAUGUCCUUGUUUGGACUAUAUUCGAUUUGUUGUUCUCCAGUUUUUAAAAAAUCGUGGAUAUUUUUUAUGAGAGUCGAAUUAAUGUCUGGUAAUUCUGUUGUAUUCAUUUCUAUUAUGAUGAUAGAAGUAGUUAAAAUAGUUGGUAAAUGGGAAACUUUAAAUCUUUUUUAAGAAUGUCCUGAUAGUUGUCAUACAAUGAAGAGGUAGCUGUCAUUACAUUGGAUGAUUUUUCUCACCUUUACCUGAGAAUAAGAAU